UGUUUCCUUUUGAGUUAAUACUAUUUUGGAGGAGAAGGGGUUGCGGCCAUAAUUGAAUUUGAACGUGUGAAAGGUUUUCUCACAUGAACAAGUUGUGCAUUUCGGUUUCAUUUUUUUGGCAUGUCUCUAAUCUCUUCGUGAUGCAGCUCUUGCUUUAUGAUUAUAAUUUCUGGAAUCAAAUAAAGUUUCGGAUAUGUCAAAAAUCCGCUACAUUUUGCGUGGUUUGGAUGUGAAAAGCUAUAUAUACGUCUUGGUUGUUCCAAUAUGCAUCUUUGUAAUAUUUGUACAUGGACAAAAUAUCUCUUACUUUCUACGGCCACUAUGGGAAAAACCACAAAAACCAUUCAAAGUGAUUCCUCAUUAUUAUAAUAAUAAUGUUACCAUGGAGAAUCUUUGCAAACUUCAUGGUUGGGGAGUUCGUGACUACCCAAGACGUGUUUAUGAUGCUGUGUUGUUUAGUAACGAGUUGGAAUUACUCACACUGCGUUGGAAAGAAUUGUACCCUUAUGUUGCUGAAUUUGUGCUCCUUGAGUCAAACUCUACAUUUACUGGAAUGCCUAAGCCUUUUGUUUUCAAUAGCAAUAGGGAACAAUUUAGAUUUAUUGAGCCAAGGUUAACUUAUGGGACUAUUGGAGGGAGACUUAAGAAAGGGCAAAGCCCUUUUGUUGAGGAGGCAUAUCAACGUGUAGCAUUGGAUCAUCUUCUUAAGAUUGCAGGUAUAUCAGAUGAUGACUUAUUGAUCAUGUCUGACGUGGAUGAGAUACCAAGUGCUCACACUAUUAAUCUCUUGAGGUGGUGUAAUGAAAUACCUUCAAUCAUGCAUCUACAACUGAAGAAUUAUCUCUAUUCAUUUGAGUUUCGUCUAGAUGAUAAGAGUUGGAGGGCUUCAGUUCACAGGUAUCAGACGGGCAAGACAAGAUAUGCACAUUAUCGUCAAUCUGAUAACAUGUUGGCAGAUGCUGGUUGGCAUUGUAGCUUUUGCUUCCGUCGAAUAAGUGAUUUCAUUUUUAAGAUGAAAGCUUAUAGCCAUUAUGACAGAGUUAGAUUCUCACAUUUUUUAAAUCCUGAUAGAAUUCAGAAACUAAUUUGUGAAGGGGCUGAUCUAUUUGAUAUGUUUCCUGAGGAGUACACAUUCAGGGAUAUUAUUGGUAAAAUGGGUUCAAUACCACAUUCAUAUUCUGCAGUUCACCUUCCUGCUUUUCUUUUGGAAAAUGCAGACAACUAUAAAUUUCUCUUACCUGGAAAUUGUAUGAGAGAUAGAUGAGAUGAUAUCACAAAAUCAUUUAAAUGUAUUUUUAUUUUUAUUCAUGAAAA